CCGAAUAGUCUGAGUCGUCUCUCUGUCUGAUCUCUGGUCAUCCAUGCUCUUCCCCUUUACCAUGGCUACGGAUCCGCCCUUCUAAUGAUAGAGGGGGGGGGCGGGGGCGCCUUCGGGUCUUGCUAUUGGCUGGUUAUUUUGGUAACGUCAUGAUUGACGCCGAUAACUGUCCGUAUGAAAUAGCACCUCUGAGAGGAUAAGAAGUCAGAGAGUAACAUUUUCCACUGAACGAAAUCAUGGCAAAGGGGCAACAGGCCAACAAGGAGCUCACCGAUGUGCUUAACCAACUCUGGCGCCUGGAUACUAACCGUCUCAGGCCGGGGACUGAUUACAUCAUUUCCCUCCAGGGAAGGGCAGGUUAUGUGGCUCAGGGCAGUAGCUAUGCCAGAGACAAGGCCAGUGCUCCGCUCUUCACAUAUGUCAAUGAAGACAAACUCAAGAGUAUCAAGACAUAUUUACAUUUCAUGAACUUGCUGGACAACUAUGAGAUGUCCACAGGUGUAUCGGAGACAGUGACGUCAGAGGAGCAUAAAGAGAACAAGCUCUUUAUUGAUUCUAUCAUGGAGACUGAUGUCAUGAAGUGUGCUCACAAGUAUCUGGUCAGGAAGGGGCAGUCGCAAUCAGACCCUGAACAGUUCAAGAAACAGUUGUAUGACAUCUGGUUUCGCCUCUACCACCGGGACAGGAGUGGAAGUGAGGAUUCCUGUGGAUUUGAACAUGUGUUUGUGGGAGAAACCAAGUUUGAUCGGGAGAUUAUGGGUCUUCACAACUGGAUCCAGUUCUACCUGCAGGAAAAACACAACCAUAUUGACUACAAAGGCUACAAAGCAAGAGACAGCAAAGAUACACCUGAUGAAGAUGACCACGUCCUGAACCUGCAGUUCAGUUGGAAAGGCCUGGUGAAGCCGAUUGGUGGCUCCUUUAUUGGUGUCAGUCCAGAGUUUGAGGUGGCUCUGUUCACCAUCAUCUUUCUCAUGUCGACUGAGAAGAAGACGUCUGUGGUGGUGAAAGUGGACGAGUAUGUGCUGGAGCUGGUAGUCUAUCGGCACAGGGGAUCUAUCGGCACAUCCUACCCCACACUGCUCAGCAGCAACCACAGGGAUCUGUAAUAUCACUCCACAUGAGCAGCUGUUAUGUAAACAUUCACAUUUUUAACAAUUUAUGUUGAACUUUGAUUUUAUUCCCAUGCAGUAUAACCUUAACACAAAUCUGGAUCAGGUUCUUUUUGCAGCCGUCUUGCAUUGCCGGACCUAUCUCCACAGCGCUGCAAUCUUUGCACUAAAUGUCAGGCUUAAACUGUCUAGAGUGAACAACGUUUUUAGCCUAAAUCUCCUGAUCUGGAUUGAUAUCAUGGAAAGAAUUUAGGUUUUUAUAAUCACGUAUCUGUCUUUUAUUGUAUAUAAUACUAUAGAGUAAACAAAAGUUCCUUUCUCUACAAUGUUGUUAGCAAUCUCCUGUUUGUUAAAUUAGGCCUGAUAGUUCCCCCAGAUUCAGUCUGUCUAGAUAUAAAGUUGGUAUUUUUUACCAUAAGUCAAUUUCAUUCAAAGUAUUUUUUUCUGAUUACACAAAAUGUAUUGUCACAAUGUGUUUUCUUUUCUGAGAAUUCUUAACAGAUUUUUUAUUCUGCAGUUAUAAAACAAAUCCGACUAGUAGAAAAAUUAUAUGCUGCUGAUGAAAUUGAAUUUUUUAAUAUUUUUUAUUUCUGCUCAUUGUCCUGAGCUUUCAGUACAGUUACC